ACGAACCAAAGUACCUACAACUUGGUUUCGUAAUAGCUCGAUCGACUUUGCGGACAUUUAAAGGAACCCCAAUAAAAUAAAAUAUUGUACAGCAAAAUGUAUCAUCAACUAGGCCGAAUUACUGGUAGACUCAUUGCAGCUUCAAAUCUACAGGCUCCACUAUUCCCUGUAGCACCCAUAGCCCUACAACGAGUGGAGGUUCCUGUAAUCCAGUACAAUACCAACCAGUUCUCGACUGUGACCGAAGAAGCUUGUGCCGCACCUGGAAAAAGGAAUCUGAUGCCUGGGACAAACACUCCUUAUCCACCAGUUCCCGAAAAUAUUCGUAGAAAACAAGAGCUCUUCCAGAGAGACAAUGACUUGCCCGUCUUCCUAAAAGGUGGACCUGCGGACGUUAUACUGUAUCGUCUGACUUUGCUUCUCUGCGCUCUCGGAUUGGUAGGUGUAGUGCAAACCAUCUACUCCCAUGCUAUUCCCAAAAAACAAUAGAUCAUUAAUGUGAAGCAUAAUUAUGUUAGUUGAUGGUUUGGAGUGAUAACACUUAGAAAUAAAGAUAAUGAAAACAU